AAAAAAACUACGAUCAUCACCUUCCUUCAUCUUCUAUCACUACUACGGUACUACCUGACUUUUCUCCCAUUGACCUCUCAUCUACUUUUCACUUCCACCCAUUCCGACCUCGUCUCCACCUUUCUCACUCAUCUCAUUUUACUCAUUCUUUAAACCCACUCUCCUUACACAUUCACACCGCCGUCAUGGCUCAAGCUCAACUUUUUCGCCCGAAAUUGACGGCUGCAAUUCAGCAGCAGCAGAGUAUUGUUCAAAAGCAGAGUCUCCAGCAAGAGCAGAGUCUUCAGAUUGUUCAAACCCUUCUUGGGGCGUCAAUUGGCUCUCUUGCCUUUAUCAGAGGCUUGUUUCCAGACGAAUGCUUCACGAAGAUGCGCUAUGAACCCGAGUAUGCUAAAAACUAUCGCGCAUUUUCUACUGGAGUGGCAGAAACGGGGCGCCGGGGACAGGGAGUCAAAAUCACUCGUCUCCAGAAGGGCGUCAACAAGUUCGCUGAUCGCCUACUGGAUUACAUCGAGACCGGUGUGUUUCAAGCGCUGAAGGACGGCCAUCUCAAGGCGCUGCAGCUAGGUAUAUACACCGACGAGAAUCAUCCGGAACAGGUCAUUGAGUCGUACACCUUCUCCUUCUCCUACCAUGAACAGGAAGGAGUUUCCCUUCACAUUAAAAACCAAAUCGGAAGAGAGGUUGUCGUCGCAGAUGCCCACAAGAAGGUGCAGCAACUCACGAGAAACCUACUCGCCAUCACGGAAGCACUCCACGCUUUGCCGGAUUCUCGUUGGUUGUCCAUCCGCUUGCAUUACCAGGACUAUACUCCUCCGGAAUAUGAUCCUCCUGGAUUUCACAGACUCAAUGUGGAUGUCUGCAGUUUCGGGAUGGCAGGUGAUGUUGUGCGCCAGCAGUGCGGGGUGAUGGACACCGGAAUCCAUGCGGUUUCGCUUCGAGUUGCGAGCUGUGAGAACCCUGAGCCGGUUGUAGGGCGGCCUGGACGCCGGAUGACUUCGCGGAUUUUCAAUGUUGACGACGAUAUUGAACCCUACCACGACUUCCAACCUUUGACAGAUGUCCUUGACCUUUUCCGUGUCCAAUCUUCUCAACAAUCCGUCAACGAUUCUCAGUCGAGCGCUCCGGAUCCCUUCCGGGUUAAGGCCACUCAGCAAUCUGCUGGCGAUUCUCUACCAGAUAUCCAGGACAAGGCGGACACCAUCGGUUUCAAGGCUGUCCCACAACCAGCUGAUGGUCAGGAUACUGAAAUGCCGGACGUUAGCCAGAGCCAGGAGAUCAUCCGGGAAACUCCCAUGGCUGAAGAGCCAACAGUUUCCGGAGAAACUCUCGAAAAGGAGUACAUCGAGCAUCUGUUGCAGUCGGAUCCGCGGCCAGCGGAUGCAACACCCACACAGGGGAUGUCCUCUCAAACCCAGGCGGUUCCUCCCAACCAGAUGCACCCUCCCAGCCACAUGCCCAUUUCCAGCCACAAGCAGUCAGUCAUUGGCGAACCAGGUGCUAGUGAAAAUUCCAACGAGCUUAUAAACACCACGAAAUUGCAAUUGUUGGUUCUGUCGGACGCUAAGUGCGAGGAAUUGAAGAAGAAGAAACGGAGAAAAAACAAAACCCCUAAAGCGAGACGAGCUCGGAGGAAGGAUAUAAUCUCUUGCCAAUGCGGAGAUACGGUAGCGGAUGAUGGAGGAAUGCUUUGUUGUGACAUCUGCAACGAAUGGCAGCAUGCUCAAUGCUACGGCUACAAUUCCGUAAAGGAUCCCCGCAUCCCUGACGCACAUUACUGCUACGAUUGCCUGCUCAACGGAACCACCGAGAAGCCCCUCCUGCAGAGUAUGAAGGACCUAGCCUUCUUCCGCCAUGGCCUCUCUUACAUCUGGCUGGCUGAACAGUUUCCAACCUCGAUUGAUGUCCUCGCGGCCGAGUUUCAGUGCACCCGCGAUGCAGCCAUUAUCUUUUUGAAACGUCUCGUUGAUGAAGGAUUUGCUGUCCUCACGGAGGCAUCGACCAGGAACAAGAGCAGCGGCCUCGACCUCCAGCAUUACCGCGUUACGAAGUCAAAGGAGACCGAAGCACGCAUGCAUGCGGAGUAUCGCAACCCCUUGAAGAACAUCGAACAUCACUACCGCAGUGGAAUUGAAGCCGAAGACGAUGUUGGCAAGGGAGAUACCCCCACCGGACAUGAAGUCAAGAGAUAUGAAACCAAGGGAGAUACGAGCAAUGAAGAGUCCGAGAAGAGGUAUGAAGCCAAAGGAAACGAGAUGGAUCAGGAUCAGGAUUUUGACCUCGACGACGUCCCCGCUUCCUUGGAUGCUCCUAUUGCCAGGAACGAAUCCCCAGUUUUCGGGAAUGUCUCCCAGCAGGAAAACCAAGUCUACGUAGGAGUUUGAUGGAGUGAACGCGAGUUAGAUCUACGGGGGUAGUGAUUCGACUGAAACAUUGUUUUUGUUGCCGGUUGCGGUGAGCUUACAUGAUCGUGUGUUGACGUUCUAGUACCUAAUCUUGC